AUGGAUAGAAAGUCUGCUAGAAUAAAAGCAGAGUUACAAAGAUAUGGUUGGAGAGUUUCGAAGAAUUUUAAAUAUAGGAAGGGAAGACCCAUAAAAGUCUAUGACAAAUUGUCUGGUCUUCGCUACGAAAUGGAUUUGGAAACAGCACGUGCCAAUUAUCCAAACAGACUAGAGAGGUUAGAAGAAGAACGUCUUAUGGACAUGCCUUUCGAUGUUAGUGAACCUCAAGUUGAAGGACACGACGGCUUUGCCAGAUUCUACUGGAAACAUGACGAACAAUUGCAUCCUUUGAGAAGGAAAAAAGGAAAAGGUGAAGACGCACAUGCUCCCAUGGAAAGAACAAGAUAUGCAUAUGAAAAGUAUCGUGAAGUUAGAAGUCAAAUUACAUCUGGUCGAACCUUUACAGUAAACUUUGACGAAGGAAAGAACAAAGAAGGCUUCAUGGGAGUACUUGCUGCAAUUCAAGACGGAAAUAAGAAAGGACACAAUCUCAGAUUGACCAUAACAGAUUUGGAUGGUCACAUUUACUAUGCACAUGGCAAUGAACAAACAGCCGCAAAACUUCUUGACGCUUUCAAGACUACAAAGAGAGAACAAAUGGUUGACUCCGACUCAGACAUUUUGAAUGCAAUUGAAGGAAUUGCAAGUGUCAAGUUCGAAUGGUACCAACCUAACCCUCAAGCAGUCAGACAACAUGCUGGAUACUUCCCCUUCAUAAAUAAGUCUGACAUUGACUUGACAAGGUAUGGAAUUUACAAUUCAAUUGAAACAAUUGUCAAUGAACCUUGCAUUCUUACAUGUCUCAGGAACUCUGGUCUUGUUACAGAUGAGAAGAUGAAGUAUCUUGAGUCAUGUGUGAAGACAAGGUACAUUCUCAGAGGUCAAUUGGCAAAAAUUGCACCGUUGGCAAAUGUCAAUAUCCGAGUCAACAUACCUACAGCUAAAGGUUCUUCACAUGACGACUAUGUUGUUGACAAAGACUUACCAUGGUUGAAGAUUGU